AUGAGCAAACAAUAUAAACAAAUAGGCGAAGAAGUAUGGAAGAAUCGUGUAGAGAAAAUUAACGCUGAACUGUUUACCUUGACUUAUGGUUCAAUUGUAGCUCAGCUCGUUAAGGAUUAUGAGGAUUAUCAAGAAGUGAAUAAGCAGUUGGAAAAAAUGGGAUAUAAUAUGGGAGUUCGAUUAAUCGAAGAUUUCCUUGCCAGAGCAAGUCUAGGACGUUGUACAGAUUUUCGUGAGACAGCUGAAGUAAUUUCUAAGAUUGGAUUUAAAAUCUUUUUAAAUAUUACACCAACGGUAACAAAUUGGUCAUCAAAUAACAAAGAAUUUUCGUUAAUUUUUGAAGAAAACCCAUUAGCAGAAUUUGUAGAAUUACCAGAAGAUGGGGCAGCAGAUGAAUUAUGGUAUUCAAAUAUAUUGUGUGGGGUAUUAAGAGGAUCAUUGGAGAUGGUACAAAUGCAAGUUGAGGCAAAUUUUAUAAGCGACGUGAUACGUGGUGAUGACCAAACGGAAAUGAGGGUGAAAUUAGUUAAAUAUCUUGAGGAAGAAGUACCAGCAGGAGAAGACUAA